GGCGGGGCGGAGCGGUCGGAGCAGCGGCGGGCGGGCAGGCGGUCGUCCGGCCGGGGACCCGGCCCGGGACCGGCGGCGCGCGGCGGCCGAGGCCAGCUCCAGGACACGCGCGCCCCGAGCCUGGGAGGCAUGCUGAAGCCAGGCGGCCGGCAGGAUGAGUGUGAAAGAGGCAGGCAGCUCGGGCCGCCGGGAGCAGGCGGCCUACCACCUGCACAUCUACCCCCAGCUGUCCACCACGGAGAGCCAGGCCUCGUGCCGCGUGACCGCCACCAAGGACAGCACCACCUCGGACGUCAUCAAGGACGCCAUCGCCAGCCUGCGACUGGACGGCACCAAAUGCUACGUGCUGGUGGAAGUCAAAGAGUCGGGCGGCGAGGAAUGGGUGCUGGAUGCCAACGACUCGCCUGUGCACCGGGUGCUGCUGUGGCCCCGGCGGGCGCAGGACGAGCACCCGCAGGAGGAUGGCUACUACUUCCUGCUGCAGGAGCGCAAUGCAGACGGGACCAUCAAGUACGUGCACAUGCAGCUGGUGGCGCAGGCCACGGCCACCCGACGCCUAGUGGAGCGUGGCCUCCUGCCACGGCAGCAGGCGGACUUUGAUGACCUGUGUAACCUCCCUGAGCUGACCGAGGGCAACCUCCUGAAGAACCUCAAGCACCGCUUCCUGCAACAAAAGAUCUACACAUAUGCGGGGAGCAUCCUGGUGGCUAUCAACCCCUUUAAGUUCCUGCCCAUCUACAACCCCAAGUACGUGAAGAUGUAUGAGAACCAGCAGCUGGGCAAGCUGGAGCCACACGUCUUCGCGCUGGCCGACGUGGCCUACUACACCAUGCUCAGGAAGCGCGUGAACCAGUGCAUCGUGAUUUCGGGCGAGAGCGGCUCUGGCAAGACCCAGAGCACCAACUUCCUCAUCCACUGCCUCACCGCCCUCAGCCAGAAGGGCUAUGCCAGCGGCGUCGAGAGGACCAUCCUGGGUGCUGGCCCCGUGCUGGAGGCUUUUGGAAACGCCAAGACAGCCCACAACAACAACUCCAGCCGGUUUGGGAAGUUCAUCCAAGUCAGCUACCUGGAGAGUGGCAUUGUGAGAGGGUGAGUCAUCGAGAAAUAUCUGAUUGAAAAGUCUCGCCUGGUGUCUCAGGAGAAGGAUGAGAGGAACUACCACGUGUUUUAUUAUUUGUUACUCGGGGUCAGCGAGGAAGAGCGCCGAGAAUUUCAGCUCAAGCAGCCUGAAGAUUAUUUCUACCUCAACCAGCAUAACUUGAAGAUUGAAGAUGGGGAGGACCUGAAGCAUGACUUUGAGAGGCUCAAGCAGGCCAUGGAGAUGGUGGGCUUCCUCCCCGCCACCAAGAAGCAGAUUUUUGCCGUCCUCUCGGCCAUCCUGUACCUAGGCAACGUCACUUACAAGAAGAGAGCUACAGGCCGAGAGGAAGGGUUGGAGGUCGGGCCGCCCGAGGUGCUGGACACCCUGUCGCAGCUUCUGAAGGUAAAGCGAGAAAUCUUGGUGGAGGUUCUGACCAAAAGAAAAACAGUGACCGUCAACGACAAGCUCAUCCUUCCCUACAGCCUCAGCGAGGCCAUCACUGCCCGCGACUCCAUGGCCAAGUCUCUGUACAGUGCCCUGUUCGACUGGAUUGUGCUGCGGAUCAACCACGCACUCCUCAACAAGAAGGACGUGGAAGAGGCAGUCUCGUGCCUGUCCAUCGGGGUCCUGGACAUCUUCGGAUUUGAAGACUUCGAGAGGAACAGCUUCGAGCAGUUCUGUAUCAACUACGCCAAUGAGCAGCUACAGUAUUACUUCAACCAGCACAUCUUCAAGCUGGAGCAGGAGGAGUAUCAGGGCGAGGGGAUCACGUGGCACAACAUCGGCUACACAGACAAUGUCGGCUGCAUCCAUCUCAUCAGCAAGAAGCCCACGGGCCUCUUCUACCUGCUGGACGAGGAGAGCAACUUCCCCCACGCCACGAGCCAGACCCUGCUGGCCAAGUUCAAACAGCAGCAUGAGGACAAUAAGUACUUCCUGGGCACCCCGGUCAUGGAGCCAGCCUUCAUCAUCCAGCACUUCGCAGGGAAGGUGAAAUAUCAGAUCAAGGACUUCCGGGAGAAGAACAUGGACUACAUGCGGCCAGACAUCGUGGCCCUGCUGCGGGGCAGUGACAGCUCCUACGUGCGGGAGCUCAUUGGCAUGGACCCUGUGGCCGUGUUCCGCUGGGCCGUGCUCCGGGCCGCUCUCCGGGCCAUGGCCGUGCUUCGGGAGGCCGGACGCCUGCGGGCCGAGAGGGCCGAAAAGGCUGCAGGUAUGAGCAGCCCUGGUGCCCAGAGUCACCCUGAAGAGCUGCCAGAGGAGCCCAGCACCCCUUCAGAAAAAACUUAUCACCGCGAUUUGCAUAACCAAAUGAUCAAGAGCAUCAAAGGAUUGCCCUGGCAGGGCGAGGACCCCCGUAGGCUUCUCCAGUCCCUCAGUCGGCUCCAGAAACCCCGCGCCUUCAUCCUGAAAAGUAAAGGUAUCAAACAAAAGCAGAUCAUUCCAAAGAACCUGCUGGACUCCAAGUCCCUGAAACUCAUCAUCAGCAUGACCCUGCACGACCGCACCACCAAGUCCCUGCUGCACCUGCACAAGAAGAAAAAGCCACCGAGCAUCAGCGCCCAGUUCCAGACAUCCCUUAACAAGCUCUUGGAGGCGCUGGGGAAAGCAGAGCCCUUCUUUAUCCGCUGCAUCCGUUCCAAUGCUGAAAAGAAAGAGCUGUGCUUUGACGACGAGCUGGUCCUGCAGCAGCUGCGCUACACCGGUAUGCUGGAGACCGUGCGCAUCCGGAGGUCAGGGUACAGUGCCAAGUACACAUUCCAGGAUUUCACCGAGCAGUUCCAGGUGCUCCUGCCCAAGGAUGCCCAGCCCUGCAGGGAGGUCAUCUCGACCCUCCUGGAGAAGAUGAAGGUAGACAAGAGGAACUACCAGAUCGGGAAGACCAAGGUCUUCCUGAAGGAGACGGAGCGGCAAGCCCUGCAGGAGACGCUACACCGGGAGGUGGUGCGGAAAAUCCUGCUGCUGCAGAGCUGGUUUCGGAUGGUGCUGGAGCGUCGGCACUUUCUGCAGAUGAAGCGGGCCGCCGUCACCAUCCAGGCCUGCUGGCGGUCCUACCGGGUCCGGAGGGCUCUGGAGAGGACACAGGCCGCGGUGUACCUCCAGGCCGCAUGGAGGGGCUACUGGCAGCGGAAGCUCUACCGGCGCCGGAAACAGAGCAUCAUCCGCCUGCAGAGCCUCUGCCGGGGGCACCUGCAGCGCAAGAGCUUCAGCCGGAUGAUCUUGGAGAAGCAGAAGGCAGAGGAGAAGGAGAGGGAAGCCCUGGAAGCCGAAAGAGCAGGCGCUGAGGAGGGCGGGCUGGGUCAGGCGGCCAGCGGGCAGCAGGUAGCUGAGCAGGGGCCAGAGCCGGCAGAGGAUGGCAGGCACCUGGCAUCAGAGCCCGAGGUGUGGCCAAGUGACAGGUCCCCGCCAGAGCACUCCUCACCUGAGAAGGAGGCCCCGAGCCCGGAGAAGACUCUCCCGCCCCAGAAAACCGUGGCCGCUGAAAGUCACGAGAAAGUCCCCAGCAGCCGGGAGAAGCGUGAGUCGCGUCGGCAAAGAGGGCUGGAGCACGUCAAGUUCCAGAACAAACACAUUCAGUCCUGCAAGGAGGAGAGCGCCCUCAGAGAACCUUCCAGAAGGGUCACCCAGGAGCAAGGGGUGAGUCUCCUGGAAGACAAAAAGGAGAGCAGAGAAGAUGAAACCCUUCUAAUCGUAGAGACGGAGGCUGAGAACACGUCCCAAAAGCAGCCCACAGAGCAACCCGAGGCCAUGGCAGUUGGCAAGGUCUCUGAAGAAACCGAGAAGACGCUGCCGGCUGGGAGCCCCAGGCCCGGCCAGGUGGAGCGGCCGACCAGCCUGGCCUUGGACAGCAGGAUCAGCCCACCAGCCCCCGGCAGCACCCCCGAGACCCCCGAGGACAAGAGCAAACCUUGUGGCAGCCCAAGGGUUCAGGAAAAGCCCGACAGCCCCGGAGGCUCCACACAGAUCCAGCGGUACCUGGACUCCGAGCGGCUGGCCAGCGCCGUGGAGCUGUGGCGGGGCAAAAAGCUGGUGGCCGCCGCCAGCCCUAGUGCCAUGCUCAGCCAGUCCCUGGACCUCAGCGACAGACACCGGGCCACAGGGGCCGCCCUCACGCCCACAGAGGAGAGGCGCAUCUCCUUCUCCAUGAGCGAUGUCUCCAAGCUCCUCCCAUCCCCGGCCAAGGCUCAGCCUGCAACAGAAACCACGGACGGAGAGCGAAGCAUGAAGAAGCCGGCUGUCCAGAAGAAGAAGCCAGGUGACGCAUCCUCCAUCCCAGACGCAGGGCUGUCCCCGGGCUCUCAGGUCGACUCUAAAUCCACGUUUAAGAGGCUUUUUCUGCAUAAAACCAAGGAUAAAAAAUACAGCCUGGAGGGCGUGGAGGAGUUGGAGAAUGCUGUGUCCGGGCAGGUGGUGCUGGAAACUGCCACCAUGAAAAAGGGCCUGGAAGCCCCCUCCGGAUACCAGCACCGCCACGCCGCAGGUGAGAAGCGCACCAAGGAGCCAGGAGGCAAAGGGAAGAAGAACCGAAAUGUCAAGAUUGGGAAGAUCACGGUGUCAGAGAAGUGGCGGGAAUCGGUAUUCCGCCAGAUCACCAACGCCAAUGAACUCAAGUACCUGGACGAGUUCCUGCUCAACAAGAUAAAUGACCUCCGUUCCCAGAAGACGCCCAUCGAGAGCUUGUUUAUCGAAGCCACCGAGAAGUUCAGGAGCAACAUCAAAACGAUGUACUCUGUCCCGAACGGGAAGAUCCACGUGGGCUACAAGGAUCUGAUGGAGAACUACCAGAUCGUCGUCAGCAACCUGGCCACUGAGCGCGGCGAGAAGGACACCAACCUGGUCCUCAACCUCUUCCAGUCACUGCUAGAUGAGUUCACCCGUGGCUACACCAAGAAUGACUUCGAGCCAGUGAAGCAGAGCAAAGCUCAGAAGAAGAAGCGGAAGCAGGAGCGCGCUGUCCAGGAGCACAACGGGCACGUGUUCGCCAGCUACCAGGUUAGCAUCCCGCAGUCGUGCGAGCAGUGCCUCUCCUAUAUCUGGCUCAUGGACAAGGCCCUGCUCUGCAGCGUGUGCAAGAUGACCUGCCACAAGAAGUGUGUGCACAAGAUUCAGAGCCACUGCUCCUACACCUACGGGAGGAAGGGCGAGCCAGGCGCUGAGCCGGGCCACUUCGGUGUGUGCGUGGACAGCCUGACCAGCGACAAGGCCUCAGUGCCCAUUGUGCUGGAGAAGCUCCUGGAACACGUGGAGAUGCACGGCCUGUACACCGAGGGCCUCUACCGCAAGUCGGGCGCCGCCAACCGCACUCGGGAGCUCCGGCAGGCGCUGCAGACAGACCCCACAGCAGUCAAGCUGGAGAAUUUCCCCAUCCAUGCCAUCACGGGGGUGCUGAAGCAGUGGCUGCGGGAGCUGCCUGAGCCCCUCAUGACCUUCGCACAGUACGGCGACUUCCUCCGAGCCGUUGAGCUGCCAGAGAAGCAGGAGCAGCUGGCUGCCAUCUAUGCCGUCCUGGAGCACCUUCCAGAGGCCAACCACAACUCCCUGGAGAGACUCAUCUUCCACCUCGUCAAGGUGGCCCUGCUCGAGGAUGUCAACCGCAUGUCGCCCGGGGCCCUGGCCAUUAUCUUUGCACCCUGCCUCCUGCGCUGCCCUGACAACUCGGACCCCCUGACCAGCAUGAAGGAUGUCCUCAAGAUUACCACGUGCGUGGAGAUGCUGAUCAAGGAGCAGAUGAGGAAAUACAAAGUGAAGAUGGAGGAGAUCAGCCAACUGGAGGCUGCAGAGAGCAUCGCCUUCCGCAGGCUUUCGCUCCUGCGACAAAAUGCUCUAUGGCCUCUCAAACUGGGGUUUUCGUCUCCCUAUGAGGGGGUCCUGAACAAGAGCCCCAAGGCCCGGGACAGCCAGGGGGAGGAGCUGGAGGUGCUGCUGGAGGAGGAGGCAGCCGGUGGCGAUGAGGACCGGGAAAAAGAGAUUCUCAUUGAACGGAUCCAGUCCAUCAAGGAGGAGAAGGAGGACAUCACCUAUCGGCUGCCGGAGCUGGACCCAAGGGGCUCAGACGAGGAGAACCUGGACUCGGAGACGUCGGCCAGCACCGAGAGCCUGCUGGAGGAGCGGGCCGGGCGGGGGGCCUCGGAAGGGCCCCCUGCGCCUGCUCUCCCUUGCCCCGGCGCGCCCGCCCCGAGCCCCCUCCCCACCGUGGCUGCCCCUCCACGACGAAGGCCGUCGUCCUUCGUAACGGUCAGAGUGAAGACCCCCCGGCGGACCCCCAUCAUGCCCACGGCCAACAUCAAGCUCCCACCAGGCCUGCCCUCCCACCUGCCUUGCUGGGCACCGGGUGCCCGGGAGGCGGCUGCCCCAGUGCGGCGCCGGGAGCCACCUGCCCGCCGCCCGGACCAGGUACAUUCCGUGUACGUCACGCCCGGGGUACACCUGCCAACGCAGGGCGCCCUGGAGCCCCUAGAAGAGGAUGGCCAGCCACCUGGGGCCAAGCGAAGGUACUCGGACCCCCCAAAGUACUGCCUGCCCCCCGCCUCGGGCCAGGCCAAUGGCUGAGGGCCACAGCUGACAAAGUCUGCAUGUCCGAGGACGGCCCCUGCACUGGAGCUGGGCGCCAGAGCUGCAGAGCUAGUGUUCGGCCCUUAGAGAAGGAUCCAGAAUCAAAAGCUCAAGAGCGACGUGAGGUGGGCACCGGCCCCAAGUGCAGAGUCAAGGCAGGGAGAGGCCGGCUGGAGCCAGGCCCCCCUCGCACCCAGCCCCCAAAUCACCGACGCACCUGCGGGGAGCGCCACAUCUCCGCCUGCAGCCUCACAUCUCCCCACUCCCCUUUUGUACGUUUAACCGUUUCUUUGUACGUGGUUUACGUAACUUUAAACUGUAACAGCCUUAAUGGAAGACCAAAUGGUUUUUUAUAUGUGUAUGUACAAAGUUUUCUAUUAACGCUGCCCGUCUCCCUUAUAACCUGGACUUGAGCUGUCAGAGCGGAGGCCACUAGGCCCCUGCGCGUCUGAGGCUCAGACCCCUGCUAUGGUUGGCUUGGGGUGGCCAGUGGGCUGGGACCCUCCAUGAGAGUUUUGGACACUUGGGCCACCUGACCCGUGCCCGUCUGACACAUGUCUCCGGGGGACAGCCACCUGGCCAAUGUGCAUAUGAGGACGUGCUGGAACCUUCCAUGGGGGUCUAGGCUAUUGGCUGGAGCCAGGACAUGAGUCAGGGGCACCACAGACCUCACAUGCCAGGGAGACUUGAAUGUGGCUGUCACUCUUCCGGACGCCAAGGGCUGCAGGAGGCUGGCUGCUCUUGGCACUACCCACCCCGUGUGACAGAACAGGAGCCAGUGACUCAGGACUGCUCACGGACCAGGAGGGCAAUGCCUGAAGUCAGACCUCCCUACAGGUCAACAGGGACAACCUGGGGAUCUCUGGAGCAGGGCCCUCCUCUCUCAGGCUUGGCCCACUCCCCCAGACACCUGGACACAUGGCCACAAAUCUGGGACAAAGGGCCCUCCGCACGGCGUGAAAUAAAAAGUGCCUGAGAAGUGUGUGC